GGCCAGAGAGGCGGGGAGGAACCGGGAAUCCAGCGUCCCGCCACGUCAGUCCCGGGCCUUGAGCCUGUUCCGCGUGCGGCCUGUGGUGAGGGGCCAGUGUUGUGCUGGGAAGUGACUUCUGGAAAAAGGAGGCCUGGCUGGGCACACCGGACAGACCAGAGACUGGGAGAACCGCUGACUCCCUCCGGUGAAGGCCUGCUGGAUCUGCUCCUAACCUGACAUUGCAAACUACAAUGAAGAACCAAGACAAAAGGAAUGGGCCUGCCAAGCAAUCAGGCAACACUUCCAACCCCAAAAACACUCCGGGGCAACCGGAAGCAGGACCUGAGGGAGCCCAGGGGAGGCCCAGCCAGUCGGCUCCUGCGACAGAAGCUGAAGGUUCCACCAGCCAGGCUGCAGGGAAGGCAGAGGGAGCACAAGCCAAGAGUGCUCAGUCUGGAGCCCUCUGUGAUGUCUCUGAGGAGUUGAGCCGCCAGCUGGAAGACAUCCUCAGUACAUACUGUGUGGACAACAGUCAGGGGGGCCCAGGUGAGGAUGUGGCACAGGGUGAGCCUGCUGAACCCGAAGAUGCGGAGAAGUCCCGGACCUAUGCCUCAAGGAAUGGGGAGCCUGAGCCAGAGACUCCAGUAGUCAAUGGUGAGAAGGAGAUCUCCAAGGGGGAGCCGGGCCCAGACGAGAUCCGGACCAGUGAUGAGGUCGUAGACCGAGACCACCGAAGGCCACAGGAGAAGAAGAAAGCCAAGGGUCUGGGAAAGGAGAUCACAUUACUGAUGCAGACGCUGAACACGCUGAGUACCCCUGAGGAGAAGCUCGCAGCUCUGUGCAAGAAGUAUGCUGAGCUGCUGGAAGAACACCGGAACUCCCAGAAGCAGAUGAAGCUCUUGCAGAAGAAGCAGAGCCAGCUGGUGCAGGAGAAGGACCACCUGCGCGGCGAGCACAGCAAGGCCGUCCUGGCCCGCAGCAAGCUCGAGAGCCUCUGCCGUGAGCUGCAGCGCCAUAACCGCUCCCUCAAGGAAGAAGGCGUGCAGCGGGCCCGGGAGGAGGAGGAGAAACGCAAGGAAGUGACCUCACACUUCCAGGUGACGCUGAACGACAUCCAGCUGCAGAUGGAGCAGCACAAUGAGCGUAAUUCCAAGCUGCGCCAGGAGAACGUGGAGCUGGCUGAGAGGCUCAAGAAGCUGAUUGAGCAGUAUGAGCUGCGGGAGGAGCACAUUGACAAAGUCUUCAAACACAAGGACCUGCAGCAGCAGCUGGUGGACGCCAAGCUCCAGCAGGCCCAGGAGAUGCUGAAGGAGGCAGAGGAGAGGCACCAGCGGGAGAAGGAUUUUCUUCUCAAAGAGGCUGUGGAGUCCCAGAGGAUGUGCGAGCUGAUGAAGCAGCAGGAGACCCACCUGAAACAGCAGCUUGCCCUGUACACUGAGAAGUUUGAGGAGUUCCAGAACACUCUUUCCAAAAGCAGUGAGGUGUUCACCACAUUCAAACAGGAGAUGGAAAAGAUGACUAAGAAGAUCAAGAAGCUGGAAAAAGAAACCACCAUGUACCGGUCCCGGUGGGAGAGCAGCAACAAGGCCCUGCUUGAGAUGGCCGAGGAGAAAACACUCCGGGACAAAGAGUUGGAGGGUCUGCAGGUGAAAAUCCAGCGGCUGGAGAAGCUGUGCCGAGCGCUGCAGUCAGAGCGCAAUGACCUGAACAAGAGGGUGCAGGACCUGAGUGCUGGUGGCCAGGCUCCCCUCACUGACAGUGGCCCUGAGCGAAGGGCAGAGGCUGCCAAUGCCUCUAAGGAACAGGGUGGCGAGGGGCCCAGGGUUCAAACACCGAGCUCCCCGAGGGCCACAGAAGCUCCUGGCUGCCCUGGAGCACUGAGCACAGACCCUUCAGGCCAAACGGGGCCCCAGGAACCCACCUCCAUCACCGCCUAGGGUGCCCAUGCCAGGGGGUGCUCUGGGAAGGGAGCGAGCCACUCAGCCAGGCCCAGCCUGUGCGAGGCUCCCGCCGCUGAGGCCCAGGGUGCUCUGACCUGGCUGACAUCUGACUCUGCAGUUUUGGAUUUUAUGGGUCAGUGCUGCAUACAUACGGCAUAUGUGCAAGGCCUCAUACAUUUAUAUAUCUCUAAGUGUAAAACAGGCUUGCAUCACAGGUGGGGGUGUGUACACAUCAAGUCAGUGCCUCUUCUGUGAGCUGAAGCGUCUUAAAGGGGAGCUGCCGUCACAGGAAGCUGGCAGGACAAGUGUCUUGAGCUUUCCCCUGCCUGAUGUGAGGCUCACCCCUUCCUCCCUGCCCUUCAGAGCUCAUGACGGGUGACACACCCAGGCCAUAACUGUGUUUCUCCUGUUAGUGGGACUUGGGCAGCUCCAGCUCUCCCAGCUCCCCUGGAAGCUCCUUUGCUUCCCUGGAAAAGGGGUCUCCAGGCAGAGCGUUGACAGAGCACUUGGAGCUGGUGAUCGGACUGCUUCCCUGCCUAGGACAAGGGACCUGGAGCAUGCUCUGUGCAGGGUGACGUGCUGGUAGGGAGCCCCUCAGGUGCCGCUUCCCCUGCGUGCUGGUGGUGCCAGGACCAGGCCAAUGAUGCUUCGCAGUAGCCUUAUCAUUCACAGGUGCCUCUCUAGCCUGCACAAAUGAUGGACGAGAUCACCCAAAGGAUUCUCUCUGAAGGUCUGGGGUUUUGCUUCCUCUGUGUUUGUUUUGCACAUGGCAGUGUAUAUUGAGGAUCUUCUGAGGAGGAAGGGGUGCCUAGCGGUGGUGCCUGGGCUCCCGGCCUCUAGCGCCCCACCCGCCUCAGCACCCUGCCUGGCACCUUGGCCACACUGGUGCUUAGGUUUCCUGCUUGACGAAGUCAGAUUAUUUAUAGUGAGAGAAAGGCAAGGGUCCCCAUGGGUUUGCCACAAGCUUACCAGUGGCUUCAGUCCUGGGUGGCCACUGCUGAUGCCAUCACUGCUGUCUCCACGCGGCAGAUACUGGGCCCUGGGUCCAACCAUCCCCUUGGCUUGAUGAGUCUGCUUCAUAUAUCCAUGCCCACAAUGUGCAUUCUUUUUUGAGAUUUGCCCUGAUUUUGUUACUCACAUAAUAGCUGAGAUAUGCGCUCCUUGACGUCCUACUUGUUCCUGUGUGAGAGCCCCCAGGUCUUGUCCAACAGCUAACGGAUAAGAAUGAGACUUGGCCGUUGGCUGAGCCCCAGAAGUCCGCAGAAUGGCUACAGAUAGUUGUGUCUGUUUCUUCUGUACCCCGACUCCCACCCCUCACACAUGCUACGCUGCACUCUGAAACACCUACUGUUUGCAAACUUGCCAGUGCAUUAGCCAGUGUUUGUACAAAACACUUCUGGGACAGCAGAAUGUAGGAGUCUUGCAUCAGGAAGCAGGGGUAUGUUGGGUUUGGGAUACCAUAACCCCAUCUCCAGCUGGGCCUCAGCUUCACUGUAGCUGGAAGCCAUAGACCAAGAUGGAUUGAGUGGAUGAGUUUUUGCUUCUUGCUGUAUUUCCUCGAAGUUAGUUCAUUGUCUUAUAGCUCCCUUCAUCUUCCACAAACAGCGCGCUCUUUUUUUUUUUUUUUUAACAGCCCACUCUUAACAGCUCUUAAAUCCUUCUCAGGUGAUAAGGUUCAUAAAGAGUGUGAAGUACUCCUGAAUUAUGUUAGGACUUAAACCAGAGAUGGCAAAUGAAUGACACACCAUUUCCCCUCUUCAUCCGUGGGUGGUACCACUAAUCAUCUGAGUAUUUCCUGUUACAUUCCUGGUAUACCCUCAUUUCUCAAGAUUCCCCCAGCAGCCAGUGUGAGUGUUGAGACCUGUUUGCCAUCUUUGGCUGAGAUCCUGCUGUGCUGAGGAACAGAAGAGCUGCCAACAGGGUUUGCUGGGCUAAGGAAGCAUGGGAAGAGGCAGAUGUUUCUGCCUGCCCCCUUCAAAGAGCAGGGAGGCCAGCAGUGGCCCACAGGGUCACCUGCCCCACUUCAGCUACCUCUUAAAGCCUAUAGUGUUGGCAGGGAGGGGACUGCCAGAGCCCAGUAUGGUGUGGCAAGUUACAGUCUUCAGAAGCCAAGAAUAGCUGCUUGGUGAGCAAGGUGGCCCCAGCUGUGCAGGGUAGAAGCUCUGCUCUCAGCUCAGCCGUCCGUCUGUAGCCAUCCAGGCCAGGCUGUAGGUGGGGUCCCAUUCUCCGUUGACCAAAUCUUUUUAAUCACUACAGCUGCUCUGCUUGCUCUGCUUUCCAAAGUCAGCCCAGGUUCCUGGGUGCUGUCCACACCAGCCAGGGUCCUGGGCCAGAUGCAGAGGUGGCCUAUCCAUGAAUGAAGGCAAGUUCCUUCCUCACUGGGGCAGGUCUCAUGCCCAUGACCUCAGUUUUUGGACCAAGAGCUGUGUUGGUUUCUUAGGUUGCUAGCUUUUCCUCUAGGGGACCACCGCGGGUGAGGCUCUGCUGACAGUAACUUGUGUUCAGGGUCUUGUCCAGCUGAGAGCUUCGUGUCCACCAGAUUCUGAGAGGUGGCAGCAGCACUUUUUAAAAGGUUUGUUUUCCGUGAGGUUUUUGGACCAUGGGCUGCGCUCAGGCACUUUCUAUGAGAGAAUGUUAUGUCUGUAAAGGAUGGUUAUUUCCCCACCCCUGCCCCCACCCUGGUGUCUGCGGCAGGGGGGCCCAAGCCUGCUGAGGUGGUUCUCCUGCUGCUGCUCCAGCCCUCCCACCUUGCACAGCACAGAGGAGGUCACCCUAGGGACAGCCAGGCACCUGCCUGGGGGAGGGGUGCUGCCUUCUGUCCCUAUAACUGCUUCCCUUAUGGCCCAACCUGGCCGUCCAGAUUUGUUUGAAGCUGUGUUGACAGCUUUUUUGUCUCCUUUUGGUAUUCACAACAGCCAGGGACUUGAUGUAUUUUAAAACCACAUUAAAUAAAGAGUGUUGCCUUAGUUUUUCUCUUCCAA